AUGAAGCUCGCCAUUGCCCUCACCCUGGUCACCUUGACUCUCUUCUGCAGCCCUGCAACUACAGAGGUCUGCCUGAACUUUCUACAUGUCAUUGAAAACCUCUUCAUGGGCACGCUUCCCAGCUAUGAGGCUGCCCUUGAACCCUUCAGCCCUGAGGAAGACAUGAAAAAUGCAGGGGCCCAGUUGAAGAUGCUGGUGGACACCCUCCCCCAGAAGGCCCAGGACAGCAUGACAAAGCUCACGGGCGUCGUCUGGUCCACUAGCCUCUGA